UCCCAAAUAUGCAUCAGAUGUGGCAUACUUUACCGUGUCCUUAAUUUCGAGUUCAAUAGCCUGGCAUGUAUAUCAAGUCGCCAUAUUAAAGGGAGUUACUAUUUGAAGGCAACAAUCCUGACAUACACUUACACAGGACUUAUUGCCAAUCCUAAUUUCUCCUAUGGAUACGUCAUUCUUGUCGUCACUGUCAUUAUGUACACGUUUGACAGCAUCAACUUUAUUCACUCUGUCUAUGACGACUUGUUUGUCCAAGUUCGAGACGUUUGUGAGAAGCUCAAGGCAGAUAAUAAGUAUCCGGGAAUUCCCUUAAUUCAUUCGGUGGACGAAUUUCAUGGUAUCCCGAGAAAACUAUUUUCUUAUGUCAUUCGAACAACCAGACCACUUCGGAAAGAAAUAUUUGUCUCUGUUUUGAAAAUAGCCUUAAUUGCUUCAGUCCUGUCGGUUUCAGUAAUGGUGCUUUCAGAUUUCCAGGACUUUAGACGGAUGUCGGAUCUAAUGCAGGCUGCCGUAACGCUUUUUGUUUGUCUGGUUCCCAAAAUAAUCAACAGUGUUUAUCAAGGAAACAAAACUAAGUGGAAAAUAGACAAAUCCAUAGAGCUAAAAAACGCUGUCCACCACUACUGCAGGAAAGAAAUGAGAAAGAAAACUGAAAAUGGUUUUAUGAUGACUGUUGAAAAUUGAUGAAAUUUUAUACGUUAAGUUUUUGGGAAAAUUAUUUGAGCUGAAAAUCUCACUCAGAUUAGAUCUUGUUAAAGGGGCUUGAAUAUAAUGCCUAAUUUGUUACUUUUUCUAUUUCUAUUGUCACACUAUUUCUUGACUGAUCUCUUCUCCAACCGUAUCUUUUAAGGGCAUGUAUUUUUUUUCCAAUUUUUCGGAAGUUUCAAAUGCAAAAAUCACCCGUGGGGCGCAGUGGUUUAAGUGUCUGCUCUAGUAGUAUGAAGUAAGUAGUUGAUCCUGACGUCGGGGUUUGAAUCCCACUUUGGGACGUGUAGAUCGGUCCAUCGGCUGAGACCGUAUAAACCGAGAUUCCAUGUCGCAGUAGGUACUGGCACAAAAAAAUCCUCCCUGCCCAAUGGCCCCAAAUGUCGAGUAUAGGACACAGUUUGCAGCACUCCACCGGCAAAUGGUAGCGUCUUCAUAAGUGAAAAAUUCUCGAGAGGGACUUUAAACAAUAUACAAUCAAUCAAUCAAGCAAAUGCAAAAUAUUAUUCUAAGUAUGGCUAAUAAUAAUAGGAAUAUAAUGCAAUAUUAUUUCUAAUAUAUAUUCCAAGAUCUCUGAUUGGCACAAACUUGAUCACAUAAAUAAGUAUAUAGCUUAAGACUUGAAUUACUUUUUAUGAAAUAUGAUAUACAUAUCGACUUGAUGUCUCUUAAAAUGGAGAAAAUUUUCUGUUAAAAAAUACUGAUAUCACAACUGUGGCUAAUACAGUCUUGACUUGAUGUUUCUGAAAAAUAUUAGAUAUUAAAACUUAAUAUAAUGUCAAAAUAUAUAAAAUGACAAUGUUCAUGGAAUCAAAAAUGUCACACGCAUAUUAUAAUGUGGAUAAAUCAAAGGAUUGUGCAUAAAUAUUUGAAAUAUGUUUUACAAUUUCAAAUUCAAGUGAAAAUUAGAAUUGUGAAUCAAAUUAAUAAUAUACA